CAUAUCCAAUCGCUUCCAUUUAUUAAUUUAAUUUUAAUUUAAUUCUGCUCUGAAAAUGAAAAGUCCGACUCUAACCGGAUUGCUGAAGCAGGUGGCGUCGGAGUUCCCGAACCGCCGCGCCCUUUCCGUUUCCGGAAAGUUCGACUUGACCCAUGCGCGGUUGCAGGAGCUCGUGGACCAUGCCGCCUCCCUCUUAAUCGCCUCUGGCAUCGCCCCAAACGACACCGUCGCACUCACCUUCCCCAAUGCCGUCGAGUUUGUUGUAAUGUUUUUGGCGGUGAUUCGGUGCCGAGCGACAGCGGCGCCGCUGAACGCGGCGUACACGGCGGAGGAGUUCGAGUUCUACCUCUCCGACUCGGAAUCGAAGCUGCUGAUCACGCCGGAAGAACCGAUUCAUGCGGCCCAAGCGGCGGCUUCCAAGCUCAACAUCCCUCACGUGACCGCCAACCUGUCUGACGCCGCCAGCCACGUCACUCUCUCUUCAGCCGCAGAGGGGAGCCCCGACUCGGUCUCGCAACUCGUCAACGACCCCUCCGACGUGGCGCUCUUCCUCCACACGUCGGGGACCACAAGCCGGCCCAAGGGAGUCCCCUUGACGCAGCUCAAUUUGGCCUCUUCGGUCCAGAACAUCAAAUCGGUCUACAAACUUACUGAGUCGGACUCGACGGUUAUCGUCCUCCCUCUGUUUCACGUGCACGGAUUAAUUGCCGGGUUACUAAGUUCAUUUUCCGCAGGAGCCGCCGCGACUCUCCCAGCCGCUGGCCGAUUCUCCGCCUCGACGUUUUGGUCCGACAUGGUCACAUACAACGCCACGUGGUACACCGCGGUCCCCACCAUCCACCAAAUCAUCCUCGACCGCCACAGCAGCAAACCCGAACCGCAAUACCCGAAGCUCCGGUUUAUCCGGACCUGCAGCGCCUCGCUGGCGCCGUCGAUAUUGGCGCGGCUUGAAGAAUCGUUCGGCGCUCCGGUCUUGGAGGCUUACGCGAUGACAGAGGCGUCCCAUUUGAUGUGUUCAAAUCCGUUGCCGGAAGACGGGGCCCACAAGCCCGGGUCGGUGGGUCGACCCGUGGGUCAGGAGCUUGCGAUUUUGGACGAAAACGGUUCGGCUCAGCCGGAGGGGGUGAACGGCGAGGUUUGCAUCAGAGGACCCAAUGUGACUAAAGGGUACAAGAACAACCCGGAAGCGAACAAAGCGGCUUUCUUGUUCGGGUGGUUUCAUACGGGGGAUAUCGGAGUUUUGGACUCCGAUGGGUAUUUGAGCCUCGUGGGUCGGAUUAAGGAGCUGAUUAAUCGCGGAGGGGAAAAGAUAUCGCCGAUUGAAGUCGAUGCAGUACUUUUGUCACAUCCAGAGGUCGCCCAAGGCGUUGCAUUUGGAGUUCCUGAUGAUAAAUAUGGCGAAGAGAUUAAUUGUGCCAUAAUCCCAAGAGAAGGCUCAAGCUUGGACGAGGAAGAAGUGAUGCGACAUUGCAAGAAGAAUCUGGCUUCAUUCAAAGUACCCAAGAAGGUGUUCAUCACCGAGUCUCUUCCGAAAACCGCGACCGGAAAAAUCCAACGCCGGAUUGUGGCGGAGCACUUCCUUGCUCAAAUCUCCACCGCCAAAGUUCCCAAAUUUGGUGCUUAACUUUACGAGCAGUUCUUCCUAGCCACCGUUUUAAUAAAAUGCUAGCACAUGAAGAUUAGGGUUUUUAGUUUAAUUUAAUUUUGAUAAAAUGUUGAUUCAAAAACAUGGGUGUAACACUGCUGGUUUACGUAAGAUGCAUAUGAUUUGGUCAUUUGGUUGGUACAAGUACAAAGUGUAGAAGGUGAAGGGGUAUGAAUUGUCGAGUGUGGGGGCCCGAAUGCAGCGGCUGUUGUGUACUUGUGUGUGUGGGUGUGCGUUUUUUUUUUUUUUUGGUAAAGUGUGUGGGUGUAGGUUGGUUAUUUUACUUGACCAGAUUGCUCAAAUGUUGUUUGAUUCCGAUGCUCCUUGGCUUUUUACUUUUUAGUAGUAAAUUAGUUCUAAGUGUCAGUUGGGUCAUUGGCUUUUUAGUACUAAAUAUUUGUUAUUAGGUUUGCCACUUUCCAUGUCAUCUCCCCUCGUACCAUUUUCCUUUUACCUUGAUAAAGGAAGUGUCUUAGUCGAAUAAUCCACUCACUUUGUUCUA